UUAUUAUUUUGCAUUUUUGCAAAUACCUUUAACAGCUAGAUUCUCAUGCCGCACGCGAACUGUGCGAUAUGCUGCUUUGAUUGAAGUAUAUGAAAAAAAAAUCCCGCUCUGUAUUUUUCUUUUUCGUAAAAAUUAAAGAGUAAUGACACCCCGCCCAGCCCCGGGAAGCUUGACCAACCAGGCUGGGCUGGAUGUGAACGGCUAUCGGGAGAAGGCGUGGCCUAUCGCUCAAAGGACCGGUUGGGCCGGGAUUGGACAACAGAUGCGUCCUUCUGCGAGUUGGCCCCGCCCAAGUUCCCGCCCCUAUUUCCUCUUUGUGGUGAAGUGGUAACCCAAACGCAUGCGUCCUAAGGAACGUACUUUCGCCCGCCCCCCUCCGGAACCUUCUGUUCCCGCUCCGGUUUCCGCCGAGAAGAGGGCAGUAUAGGCGGACCUAGCGUGAGGCCCGUGGGCCGAGCUAAGCGCAGCCAUGUCUGCCGCCCUACUGCGGCGAGGUCUCGAGCUGCUGGGGGCUACCGAGGGUGAGGGGACCUUCCCCGGACGUCCAAGCGCAGGCUGGAGUGCGGCAGGGGCAGUGGGCAGGAGCCCUAAGGCCCCUCGCGCCGCGCCAGGCCAGGCCAAGCCGAGCGGGGCUCCGGUGAAGCGGAACAGGAAGGCGAAGGCGACCCAGGCCCAGAAAUUGCGGAACUCGGCCAAGGGAAAGGUGCCCAAGUCGGCGCUUGCUGAGUUCCAGAAGCGAGAGUGUCGAAGCUACCUUGGAGAAAACCUGAAGUUUAUGACGAGCACAAGAAGAAAGGUGGCUGAGUCGGUCACCCAGCAGGACCCUGCCACACGCUGUGCUGCUGGCCUGGCUCAGGGAAGCCCUGGAGCAGGAGCCAGCGGGUGGCUGGAAUGGAGAUGGUGAGCUGGAAGCCCUGGGAGGAUUUACACUCAGACCAGAGCUGACAUCUGCAGGCUUUGGAGGAGCUGCAUUUCUGACUGUUGUGUUUGCUUUGGCCCAGGUAGGGCCUCUGGGCUGUUUGCUGUGGAGAGGCCAGUGACUGGGCCCUUGGGGGCCACACCUCAAGGAGUUGGCUUUCAGGCUUUAAUAAACGUGGACCCAAGA